AUGUGCGAUGUCGGUUCAACCAAACCCGGAGAAGAAAGGGUGGCCCCCACCAUCAGAUGCAGCAGGAGAGGAGCGAGAGGGGCACUUUGUGCUCGAAGGAGCAUAGUAGCGAGCGAUAGCUACGAAGAGGACAGCCCCUUAUACACCAAAGACGCUAGCCACAGCAAGACCAAGAGCUUUAUGCGCAGAGGAAAACCACUGAGAGCGGAGAUAGGUCCUUUAGCCUACGAUCUGGGCUCUUUCCCUCUCGAGAUCAAUUACUUUUUGGAUAGUUGCAUAGUUGCCUCGCCCAUCCCGGGGAUGAGCUCUAAGUCGAAGAGGAAUUCCUUUAAGGGUUCUCGGAUGGUUGAGACUGAGGAUACUGACUCGGACGAUGAAACUGAUGAGAAGUUAAUGGAUGGUAUUCCUAUGGUGAAGCUCACUAAGGAAGGCAAGAAAGCUUUGAGAGAUAGAUCCCUGGCGACAGGCUCUAAUCAUUAA